AUGCAAUGCAUAAUGGCUCAGGCAAGUGAUGUGAACACAAAAAUUUCUUUUGGUUCUAUAUUUCCCGAAUGUUCAAACGAUUAUAAUUUUGCCAAAGAUAUGUAUCGUGAUAUUUUACAAAGAGAUGGAUUGAGCCAUGUUUGCGCUCAUUUCGGUAAAUCAGUAACUAUAUACCAAGGAAAUUGGUCGCAAUACAUAUCACCAUGCAUUGAUCUUGGUCAUUAUUUAUAUCAUAUAAAACAUAAAAAGGAUAAAAAUAAUAUAAAAUCAUAUUGCAUAUAUUUUAGUUACAAGUUAAAAGAAGCUGUUUCCUAUAAUAAUAAUAAUUGUAAGAGUAUAGAUGAAUGUUACCAAAAGUUUAUAGCAGCAAAAAGAAAUGAAAAAAUAGACGUACUUAAUAUAUGCCAGGGAUAUAUUAUAAAUAUUGAUGAUAAUACAUAUAAAAUAUUUCAAUAUCUGGAUAAAUUAUAUGAAACUGUUUAUAAAAGAAAUAAUGGGAAGAGAUGGAUAUGCUGGAGUCAAGAUAUAAGAAACUAUGCUCCAUAUAUGAGACAUUUAGAAUCAUGCAGUUUUAAGCAUGACAUCUAUUUCCAAGAAAUGCUUAAUAUACUUAAUGAUAGAUAUAUUAUGUUAUGCCCUCAAUUGGAAAAAAUUGAUCUCUUUAAAAACAUUCCUAGUCCUACCAUAAGUGGAAAAGAGGAAAAAAUCGAUGAACAACGAAAAAUCGAAGUAGAAGUGACAACCCAAGCAGAAGAAAAAAUCCCGUUAAAAGCAACAAACGGAAUAGAAGAAACAAUCCAAGUAGAUAAGAAAAGCCAAGGAGAGGUGGGAAGCCCAAUACAAUGGACUAGCGCACAACAUGGGACAAACACAGAAGGGAGAAUAACAUCAUCGCUAAGCACAGGCUUUAUUAUUUUACCCUUUAUUAUAUUAAUAAUUGUUUUCAUUUUGUAUAAGUAUACCCUAUGGGGCUCACUUGUACAACGAAGGGUACAGAAGUUAAAGAGAAUGUUCAUCAAAAAUAAGAAUAAUGUAUAUAGAGAUAUAAUGGAUUAUUUUGAAAAAACAUACCAGGAUUCAAUAAAUAGAAGGCGCCAUAUUUCUUAUAGCCAAGGAGGAUAUUACGUAUAA